GAGUAAAAGUCAGAAAAACAGACAACACGGAAGACUUAUUGUGAGAUGCAUUUUAAAAAAGGACGUCCAGAUUGUUUUUAAAACUUCGAUCAAUGGAAAUCGAUACUCUAAUACUCGAUUGACAGAAAUAAAAUAACAUUUGCCAGUCGAUGUUUUUAAUUUUCCGUAAGUAAGGCCAAACUAGAAAACUAUGGACAUGGUGCAGUUUGCCUACCUUUUGGACAACAGAUUCUAAAAACUUGCUCGUCAAAGUCUCUUUUGUCAGCAUUAUUUUUAUCCAAGCAACAACAAGACUCACCCUAUCUUGUAAUAUGGACCACAAAUCAGAUAACAUUCUUGGCAUUUCGUGGCAUGACACGGCCUGGGUGCCUCACUUAAACCAGAGCAACAUUCUAGACUACUUCUCCGAGAGGACCAACCCUUUCUAUGACAGAACUUGCAAUAAUGAAACUAUCAAAAUGCAGAGGCUAAAUCCUGACCAAAUGCUAAACAUGACAGGACUGGAAUAUUCCUUGCUGCACGCUCAAGAACCUAUUCUGUACGUGAUCAGGAAGCAGCACCGUCAUUCACCCACUCAAGCCACACCUCUGGCGGACUACUACAUCAUUGCUGGCACGGUGUAUCAAGGGCCAGACCUGUGCUCCGUGGUCAACUCCAGAAUGCUGAACACCCUCCACAAUCUACAGUCUGCCUUUGAUGAAGCUCAAAGUUUUGCCCGGUUCCAUCCCUCAAGAGGUUACUCUUGGGAGUUUAAAGAAAAGGAGGAGAAAGAGCCCACGGCUAAAGACAAGAAGAAAAAGAAGAAAGAGGAAGCGAGCUCGUCGUUCCAACGGGAGAGAGUGGACCUCUUGUUGGGGGAGCUGGCCAAGAAGCACCCUCCCUUCUUCAUCUCCCCGACGCAGCCUGCGGUCAAAGAAGAGGCAAAACCAGCAGCAGCAGCCACUGCGGAGGUGAAGACGGAGAAGCCAGAGGAGAAGCCGGCCACGACGACACCCGCUGCAGCCCCAGCCAACGGCAGCAUGAGACCUCCACCGGAAAAGAAACAAAAGCUGAGAUGACCGGGCUGAACCUCGGGGGGAGAUUUGAUUUUGUCGUGGGCAUGAUUGUAUCGUGAUGAUUGUACGGGGUUGUGUGGGGUGAUUGGAUGAGGUGAUUGUAUGGGAUGAUUAUGGCUGAAGUGUGAUGAGAUGAGAGAAACUGAUAUUGGUGGGAGUGUGUGUGUGUGAGAGUGUGUGUCUGUGUGUGUGUAUGUGUGUGAGAGAAAGAGAGAGAGAUUUUUCUGAUGACUCAAAGCUCACCAUGAACAAUUGAUCUGGAUUUCCAGAAGGCGAAAGUCUUUGUAGUGUGACUUGUUAAUAAGAAUGAGACGGAUAGACUGAGAGAGACAGGGUGAAAGAGAAAGAGAGAGAGGGAUUGGGGAUUUAGUUUUUAUCUCAAAAUUGUUUGUAAAUUUUAUGUAUGGUAGUUGAAAUGCAACGGUCAAGUAUUUUUUUAAACCUGGAGAUUAAAUGAAUGUAAUGCUUUGAAUUAUUCUUCCUAUUUGUCAUUGGAACUUGACUCAACUGAUUCAAAAAUAAAAUGUUUUCUUCCUUUUACUGAGGAAGUUGUGAAGCAUUUUUAAAUUUUGCCAUUCAAGAUUUGGGAGCACAAUGUGUAUUGCUAUGAUAUUUUCUUGUUGUAAUUUCUGUAAUGUCUUCAACAGACUGGUUAUUUUGAUAUAAAGUCUGGUGUGGAAAAAAAUGA